GGACAGCUUUUGAGGAGAGAUCGCAAAGCCACAUUCGAGACAGAGAGAGACUGUUGAGAGAAUGGCGUCGGGUUGGGGAAUCUCAGGUCACAAAGGCCGAUGCUACGAUUUCUGGGUGGACUUCAGCGAGUGCAUGUCCCGCUGCCGUGAGCCAAAGGACUGUGCUCUCCUCCGCGAAGACUACCUCGAGUGCCUCCACCACUCCAAAGAGUUCCAACGAAGAAAUCGGAUCUAUAAGGAGGAGCAACGUAAGCUGCGAGCGGCUGCAAGGAAGCCCGAGGAGGGUAAAGAGAGUGUUGAUAAACAUCAUCAUUAGUCUGUAAUUGGUCAUCUUCUUCUUAGACCUGAGAAUAAAAAUUGUACCAAGAUGUAUUAUUCAGAACUUGAUUAUGUUACUCUGUUUUUUGUUUCUUCUGGAUGCUGUGCACUUCCUUGGCACGGGCAAUGAGACAAAGAUUAAAGAUAAAACUCUUUUGC